AUGUACCAUCCCGGAAGACUCAAUGCCGCGGCAGAUGCUCUAUCCAGGAUUAAAGUUCCUGAGGGAAUAGAGGCCGAGGAAGUGGAACGUACAUCACAAAUGAUCAUCAACGAAGCAGAGGACUGUCAAAUUGUCUGUAUUUUGGCAGUCGAGCCAUCAGGAGAGAUGCCUGAAGAGGAAAAGGACGAGGAGGAAGAUGGGCCGCCUUGGUCAUUGGAAGAGAUGAUCAGAGAGCAAAGGGAAGAUCCUCUAUAUGGACCUGUCAUCCGGUAUCUCAAGGAUGUGACUGAAAUCAAUCGGAAGAAGGUGGAUCCGAAUUUGGAGGUAAAGGACUUCUUUAUGGACCAAAAGUUACUUUACAAACAGGUUCAACACCGGAAUUCGAUGAGGAAAGUCGAGGAGGUGCUUUGCGUGCCAAGGAGCUUAGUUUCCAAAGCUCUAGCAUUAGUCCAUUUAGCACCAUUGGGAGGCCAUGGGGCCGAAGAAAGAACCAAGUUUAAGGGUCGAGGUCAUCCCUUAACUCCUUUGCGAAGAUAUCCAGUACCAGAGGAACCUUUUCAAACUCUAGCUAUGGACCUGAUGGGACCAUUUCCCCUUACAGAAGCGGGAAAUAAGUACAUAUUGGUGAUUACAGAUUUCCUCACCAGAUUUGAGGCAGUGGAAGCACUCCCAGAUAAAACCACAGAAGCAGUAGCUAAGAGUAUUUAUGGAAUAUUCCUGCAAUAUGGAGUCCCGAGACGGGUUGAUCAUCAUCAGAUUGUAGCAUAUCACCCUGCGUCAAAUGGACUCUGUGAGAGGACUAAUCAGCAAGUAUUAAGCAUUUUACGUGGUCUAGUAGAUGGAAAGGAACAUUACUGGGACCAGUAUUUAGCUGAAGCACAGUUGGCUUUGAAUGCAGCCUAUCAUAGUGCUAUUGGAGAUACGCCAUACUAUGUGAUGUUUGGCAGGGAUGCUAAAACACCAGCGGAAUGGUGGACAAGACCCACCACAAGUUAUAGACUACCAAAAAGAAGACUUUGUGGCCACACGAACCCAAAGAUCUCAGGAAGUCUAUGA